AUGAGUAAGUAAAAAUAAUAAUCAAACAAUAUCCGUAUCCAUUAAGUCAUUAAUUUUGAAACUCUGAACUAAAUGUAGUAAUAUGCAGAUGCAUAAAGCAUCAAGUUACAAGCAAGUGAGAAAGAAUUAACAUAAGUGAAAGGCAUAUCAUAAGGAGGUUAAAACGCAUUAUAUAGUUUAUAACUUUAAAGAAAACUUAUAGAGAAUAAAACUUAGAAGAAGCCAAAUGUAUAAGCACCUAGAAGAUUCAAGAUGAAUAAUGCCUAAUUUUUUAUUGAAUAAUUUAAAAUCAUGAAUCUUUAGAAGUUUCAAAUAGUAUUUAAAGAUAAAGUUAGUGAAUCACAAUCUCCACCUCAAUCAAGAGCAGUUCCGAGUUUAGAAUAUCCGUAACAAAAUAUAGUACAAUAAUUACUCGCUAAUAAUAAAAUUGGCACCUCAAUAAAAAGAAAAGAAGCAAAAAAAUUACCAAGCCCUUUAUAAUUAAUAUAAUAAAAAGAUUAAUCAAAACUAGAAUUAUUAUUAUACUAAAAAAAUUGCGAAAUGGAAUAAUUGUAAAAGCAAAUUGAAAUUGAAUCUCUAAACCAUAAAGAAUAAGAAGAUAUGCUGUAAAUUAAAAAUACAAUAACAAUUCAAUAUUAUCCAUCGUUCGAAUUGCAGAUUUCAUAAAAGAUGGAAAAUAUUGAAAAGAUUGAGCAGGGUGGCUAAAAUUUCAACAAAUAAACAAAUAAUGAAACAAUUCAAAGGAGAAUAUAAAUUUUAUAGAAAAGGAUAGAAAUAAAAGAUUAUGAAAUAAUAAAAAUUGAUUAAAAUACAGAAGAAGAACUUAAAAGUCUGAACAACUACUUGAACUCAAUAAAUUAAUAAUUAAAAAUGAAAAUACAUGAAAAUUAGCAAUUUCAAUCUACUUAAAGUUAUGAUCAAUCACGGAAAGUAAUUAGUAGAAGACAUAAUUUUGAAUAACAUAAAUCCUCAUAAAUUAAUGCUUAACUUGAAAACUAAAUUUAAGCCUUAAAGCAGGAAAAGCAAAGACUUCAAUAAGAAAUAAAUGAAAAACUCAAUUAAAUUUAAGAAUAGAAAAAUAAAUUAAGAAUGGAUUAAGAGAAAUCAAGAUCAUAAAUUAGGAAAUAUGAAGAGGAUAUUCUAAAUAAUUAUUUUAAGGAAGAUAAUUUGAAAAAAGAAAAAAAUGAAUUGUCUAAUCUUUAAAUUUAAUAUUAAGCAUUAAAAGAGGAAUCAUCGAAUAUCGAAAAAUAGAUUCAGUAGAAUAAGGAAGAUUAUAAUAAUAAAUAUUUCAAAUUAAAAAACCAAAUAAUUAGCAUUUAAAAUUAAAAAAAUGAAAUAACAGAACAAAUGAAAAAUCCAGAAAAUUAAAAAUCUUAAUUACCAAAGAUAGAUUAAAAACAAUUUUAAACUGAAAGCCAAAUGGCUGUUGUUCUAAAUACUCAAAAUAUAAAUGAAUUAAUAGAAAGUUAUAAAAACAAUUAUCUAGGUUAAAAUUUAAUUACAUAAGACGAAAUUUAAAAUUAAGAAUAAUAAAGUAUCCUGACUUUAAAAUUGUUAAAAAUUAGUUAUUCUCCCUAGAAGAUUUAGUAACCUUAUAAGACAAAAUGGAUAGCUUUAGACAGCCUCGAAACUUCUGAUUUUCUUUAGGAGUAUAGUUAUGGAUAUAUUGAAUAAAGCUAAUAAGAAUUUCAAUAUAUAACUAGCGACCAAAUUAAUGCUUUUGCUGAAUUGUUAUAAAUUAAAGAAUAAGUAUUUUAUUUUAGAUUGCCAAAAAAAAUUAGAUAAAUCUAUCCAAGAUUAUUUAUUUUUCCAAGUUGUUUUUUAGAAGAAAUAAUGAUAUUUGUAUAGAUUUGA